UUUUGUUUCCAGGCAGUGCUACUUGUGCUGUUGGCAUUCAGCCACCGUAUACAUAGUGAAGCUCAAUUUGAUGGAGAAUGCAAGUUCACUAGGCAUUUGAAACCCAGACCUCACAGUGUGUCAGUAUUGGACUUUGGGGCUGUGGGUGAUGGAAAAACAAUAAAUACCGUAGCCUUUCAGAAUGCUAUUUUCUAUCUCAAGUCCUUUGCUGACAAGGGCGGAGCACAGCUCUAUGUUCCUGCUGGCAAAUGGCUGACUAGAAGUAUCAAUCUUACUAGCCACCUUACACUGUUCCUGGAAAAAGAUGCUGUUAUUCUAGGAUCGGAGGAUUUCGAUCAUUGGGAUGUGGUUGAAGCCUUACCAUCUUAUGGCCGAGGUAUUGAGGCACAAUAUGGAAGAUACCGCAGCUUGAUCUCUGGAAAUAAUUUAACCGAUGUUGUAAUAACAGGUAACAACGGUACUAUUGAUGGCCAGGGCUCUAUAUGGUGGGAGAAGUUUAAUUCCCAUUCCUUAAAUUAUACUCGACCACACCUAAUAGAGUUUGUUAGCUCCAGAAAUGUUGUUAUUUCAAACUUGACUUUAUUGAAUGCUCCUGGUUGGAACAUCCGUCCAGCAUAUUGCAGUAAUGUGGUCAUUCAGAACUUAACGGUUUAUGCUCCACAAGACUCCCCAUACACUAAUGGGAUUGUCCCAGAUUCUUCUGAGCAUGUCUGCAUUGAAAACAGCAACAUUAGCAUGGGUUAUGAUGCUAUCGUUCUUAAAAGUGGUUGGGAUGAGUAUGGAAUUUCCUAUGGGAAACCUACCUCAAAUGUCCACAUUAGACGUGUGAGGUUACAGUCUGCUGUAGGUUCCGGUGUGGCUUUUGGCAGUGAGAUGUCUGGCGGUAUCUCUGAUGUGCUUGUAGAGCAUAGUUCCCUACAUGACUCCCUUUUCGGGAUUGAGCUUAAGACUGCAAGAGGAAGAGGCGGUUACAUCAAAAAUAUUCUCAUUACAAAUGUUGUUAUGGAAAAUGUGCAAGUGGGAAUCAAGGCCACUGGUUACUCUGAUUCGCAUCCAGAUGAGAAAUAUGAUCCAUCUUCAUUACCUGAAGUUACUGGUAUCACUUUUGUGGACAUUGUUGGUACAAAUAUCUCGAUAGCAGGCAAUUUCACCGGGUUACAUGAAUCUCCUUUCACUAAUAUAUGUCUAUCAAAUAUCUCGUUCUCCAUUUCGUCCGGGACUUCUACACCAUGGGUGUGCUCUGAUAUAUCAGGUUCUUCUGAAAAUGUGUUUCCUAAACCAUGUCCCGAGCUUCAAGGCUCAUUUUCCAAUUCUAGUUCUGCUUGCUUUGCUCUUCCACAACAAUAUAGUGAAGUCGCAGUUUUAUAAUCCUCCACCGAUUGGAACUAUUCAUUCAUUGAACCUGAACGCGAGAGACGUAUCUUGUUCUAGUUCUAGUGUACAAUCUUCCAAUAAGAUGCAAGUCAAGAAUCUUCGGUCUCAUGUUUUUUCCCAAGUCAAUGUCAAAAACUCUGGUGAGCAAUCUAUUCAUCGCAGCAGAUCGUUCCUGUGUACAGCAUCAGUUUCUUUUAUUCAUGUGUAAGAAAAGUUUUGGUAGUGCAGUAAAUUCAGAUACGUUGUUCCUUUCUUGUGUCAUUCUUCAUUUGAUUUUUUUACUAAAUUGUUCUUACAUUUGUAAAUUGGGUUUAUGGAGACUGCAGUAAGAUUGGUUAAUGUUAUAUGGUUGAAGGGGUGUUAUUGCUGAGUGUCAUUGUUGCAAUUAAAGUUCUAGCCAUUUGAUUAAA